GUGGCUCCCGGACCUGAAUCUCAUAUGAACCGCUCCUCUCUUUCAUACGUCACUUCGAGAGCAGCAUCGUCAUCACCAUGAGCCGUCUGCUUUCUCUCGUCACUCUCUCUGCCAUCACAGUAGCCGCAGUGGUUCAGCACCCUCUGACCGAUGGCUACAACUCCCAAAUUCUUAUCAACACCAAGCCACUCGUGAGCUCUGAGGCGCUAGAAGGGCACAUCACCUCCAAGAACCUUCUGAAGCGUGCAAAGAAGCUCUUCGAAAUCGCAGAGCUGGGCGCAGCAGACUACAACCACCCUACCCGAGUUAUCGGGAGCGCAGGGCACGUUGGUACCCUCGACUACAUAUACUCUACGCUUGCGGAGCUUGACGACUACUAUACCAUAUCAAACCAAUCGUUCAAAGCCGUCGUUGGCAAUGUCUUCGAAUCCCGCCUCGUCCUUGGAGAUAAGGAGCCCGAAUCAACCUCCCCGAUGUCUCUCACACCACCAACCAAGCACAAACAAGCAGUGUUCGGCCCCUUAGUCCUUGUAGCGAACCAAGGAUGCGAUUCAUCCGACUAUCCUUCGAACACUAAAGGCGGGAUUGCCUUCAUCGAACGUGGAGUCUGUUCGUUUGGGACUAAAUCUGCGGUCGCGGGUAAGGCUGGAGCUAUUGCUGCCGUGAUAUAUAACAACGAGGAGGGACAUUUGUCUGGGACUCUUGGGGAACCAUCAGAUAUCCACGUUGCUACAUUUGGAUUAACGAAGCAGGAUGCCGAGCCAUAUAUCAAGGACUUGGAAGGCGGAAAGGUUAUCAACUCCUCUGCGUAUAUCAAUUCCAUUGUGAGCAAGGCUCCUACGACGAAUAUCAUCGCGCAAACAAAGGGCGGUGAUCAGGAUAACUGCGUGAUGCUGGGAGGCCACAGUGAUAGUGUUGCGGAAGGGCCAGGAAUCAACGACGAUGGCACUGGCUCCUUGACCUUACUCGAGAUCGCAACACACCUAGUGAAUUACGAGGUCAAUAACUGUGUUCGAUUUGCAUGGUGGGCUGGAGAAGAAGAGGGUCUACUGGGAUCAGACUACUACGUCUCUCAGCUUUCGGAGCACGAGAACCUGAAGAUCCGUCUCUUCAUGGACUAUGACAUGCUUGCAUCUCCCAACUUCGCAUAUCAGGUCUACAAUGCUACUAAUGCGGCCAAUCCCGUUGGAUCCGAGGAGCUUCGAGAUCUCUAUACGACGUAUUAUGAAGCACAUGGGCAGAACUACACAUUCAUUCCUUUCGACGGCCGCAGCGACUACGAUGCCUUCAUCAAGCACGGAAUUCCAGGAGGCGGUAUUGCAACUGGUGCUGAAGGGGUGAAGACUAUGGAAGAGGCCGCGAUGUUUGGUGGGACUCCUGGUCAGUGGUAUGACCCUUGCUAUCAUCAGAUAUGUGAUACUGUCGACAACUUGAACUUCGAGGCUUGGGAACUGAACACAAAGCUCGUCGCCCAUUCAAUAGCUACCUAUGCCGUCUCUUUCAAGGGAUUUCCAAAGAGAACCGGCGCCAAGGUCGCCACUCGCGAUGAGCCAUCUUUAUAUCACGGACCGAAGCUCGUCAUGUAAUACUAUAUAUACAAACUUCCUAUGUGAUAAGUAAUGGGAAUUACUAGAUACCAUAGAUUUAGAUGGAUGUACGAGUCUAUGUUUGGUCGAGAGGUUGAUAUAACUUGGUGUCUUUCUUCGAAUAUACAUACUCAAUCCAAACUUGUUCUCUGAGAAGCUGC